CCGCCGCGCGCGCAGCAUGUGGCCGGCCAUCUUUGUGCUGCUCCUACACGGAGUGGCGGGGGAGAUACUCACCCCCCCUUAUCUUAACCUGGCGUUGGGGAAGAAAAUUACGGCGACAGCAACGUGUGGGGAUAUCGGACAAGAGUUAUAUUGCGAGUUGACGGGGUCUACGGAUGAGACUGUUAUUCAAGGACAGGUCUGCGAGUACUGCGAUGAGACAGUGGAGAACCGCCGGCAUCCGCCCGAGUACGCCGUGGACGGGUUGGAGACUCGGUGGCAGAGUCCGCCGCUCUCGCGAGGCAUGAAGUAUAAUGAGGUCAACCUCACCAUCGACCUUGGGCAGGAAUUCCAUGUGGCUUAUGUGUUCAUAAAGAUGGGCAAUUCUCCGCGCCCUGGGCUCUGGGCGUUGGAGAAGUCCACAGACUACGGAAAAACGUUCACACCCUGGCAAUACUUCUCUGAUUCACGACAGGACUGCGAAAGAUACUUCGGAGCGCAGAGUUUGGCGCCAAUCACGAGAGACGACUCAGUCAUUUGCAGCACAGAGUAUUCGAAGAUCGUACCGCUUUCAGGAGGAGAGAUCCCAAUUUCCCUGCUGAACUACCGUCCAUCGGCGCUGAACUACUUCAACUCUUCCGUACUCCAAGCCUGGACCAGGGCCACCACAGUCCGCCUACGUCUUCUGAGGACCAAGAACUUACUAGGUCAUCUCAUGUCUGUGGCUCGUCAGGACCCUACUGUCACUAGGAGAUACUUCUACAGUAUAAAAGACAUCAGUAUCGGAGGGCGCUGCAUGUGCAACGGCCACGCGGACACCUGCGACCCGAAGCCCGACAGUGAAAACUUGCUGGUGUGCCGAUGCCAGCACAACACUUGCGGACCUCAGUGUAACCAGUGCUGCAAGGGCUUCGAGCAGAAGAAGUGGAGAAUCUCACAGAAUUGGAACCGGUUUGCGUGUGAACCUUGCAACUGCCACAACCACAGCACGGAGUGCGUAUUCGAUCCUCUCAUCGACGAGCAGCGUCUGUCGCUAGACAUCCACGGACGACACGAGGGCGGUGGUGUCUGUCAGAACUGCCAACACAAUACUGAUGGCAUCAACUGUAAUAAAUGUAAACCGACCUUCUACAGGCCUGUGGGGAAGAGAUGGGAUGAAUAUGACGUGUGUCAACCUUGCAACUGUGAUCUCCACUACUCAACGGGUAACUGCGAGGAGGGUUCAGGGCGCUGCGAGUGCCGUAAGGAAUACAACCCGCCCAACUGUGACUCCUGUGCAUAUGGGUAUUUCAACUAUCCGAACUGCGAGCCUUGCACAUGUAACCUUAAUGGUACAGAAGGACAACACUGCACUCCAGUAGAAGGAAUUUGUCCUUGCAAGUCUAACUAUGCGGGUAAAUCGUGUGAAUAUUGCGCAGAUGGCUUCUACUCACCGGAGUGCAAAGACUGCGAGUGUAACACCAUCGGUUCGGUGUCUCAAGUGUGCGACAAGGACAGCGGCAACUGCACAUGCAAGAGCAAGUUUAGCGGACGAACCUGCGAUCGGUGCGAGGCCGGUUAUUUUAGCUAUCCUACAUGCAGCCAAUGUAACUGCGACACGACUGGUACGCAGUCGAGGAUUUGCGACGAUGUCUCUGGCGCGUGUAUAUGCAAGGAAGGAUUCGGAGGUGCGCGCUGCGACCAGUGUCUCGCUGGUUACUACAUGCAAGUGCAAGGCCGCGAGCGUACAUGCGUCCAGUGCGAGUGUUCAACUACUGGUUCUACUUCGACCAGCUGCGCGGCUGAUGGCAAAUGCAACUGCCUGACUAACUUCGGUGGCAAACGGUGUGACCAAUGCUCGCCGGGGUACUACAAGUACCCCGAAUGCUUGUCGUGCAACUGCGACGGAUCCGGCUCCAUCGGCUCAUCCUGCGACGACGCCGGCAAUUGCCACUGCAAGCCCAACUUCAACGGCAUCAAGUGUGACAGCUGUAAGGAGAGCUUCUACAACUAUCCGGCUUGUGAGGAGUGCAACUGCGAUCCUAAGGGCGUUAUCGCCUCUUUUGCUGGUUGCGGAUCGGUGCCGGCAGGAGAGCUUUGUCAAUGCAAAGAGCGCGUGCAGGGCAGGAUCUGCAAUGACUGCAAACCACUCUACUGGAACCUGCAAUAUUAUAACCCUCAUGGAUGCGAAGAAUGCAACUGCGACGUGAGCGGCACCCUAGGCGGGCUGGGAUCAUGCAACACGAAAACUGGGCAAUGCAUGUGCAAGCCAAAUGUGGAUGAGCGACAAUGUUCCGAGUGCGCUGAUGGAUUCUACAAUCUUGAUGCUGGAAACAUCUUCGGUUGCUCAGAAUGCAACUGCGACGUCGGCGGUUCCACCGACAACAACUGCAACAAGACCACCGGCCAAUGCUACUGCCACUCCCGUGUCGAAGGCCUCCGCUGCUCUCAGCCAAUCAGAGCCCACUAUUUCCCUACACUCCACCAGUUCAGAUACGAGCUUGAGGAAGGACAGACGCCGUCUGGUGCUGUCAGAUACAGAGACUCUCAGGAGGCGUUCCCGGGACACUCUUGGAAGGGCUACGUCAUGUUCUCUCUGUUACAAAAUGAAGUCAUCAACGUUGUACAACUUGGCAAGUCAUCUCUCUACCGCAUGGUGAUCAAGUACGCCAACCCGCUUAAAGACCCGGUUGUCGCCACUAUACUGGUCACCCCGGAGAACCCUGGAGAUUCGCAACAGACGCAUAAUGUGCUUCUAAGGCCAACGGUGAAGCCGCAACUGGUAACAGUGGCGGGUGAAAAGGGAAACACCCCCUCACCCUUCGUCAUGGACGCUGGUAACUGGACGGUGACCAUCAAGACCAACAAGGAAGUGCUAAUUGACUACUUCGUCCUUAUACCCGAAGCGUAUUACGAAGCUACAGUCCUCAAGAAGCUGGUAGACAGACCCUGCACCAUCGGAGACCAGGAUCUGUGCCGAGAGUUCAGAUACCCUAAGCUCAGCUCGUACCCAACCGUUGAUGCCAGUGGGCUGACAUCUGCUGCUAGCGAUUACUUGGAUGACAAUGUGCAACUGAAAGAACUGGGCGUACCGGCAUCCACCAUACCCGUUCUAGGCACCCAACCCCUCACCUACAACUGGAUUAUCAAACCUAAUGGCCAAUACAUUAUAGUCGUCGAAUACGUCACACCUGUCGACCGCAACGCUGUCGACAUGGUCGGAAAUCGCGCGAAGAUCAACAGCGUAAUCAAUGUCAACUUCAAGACUGGCGGCCAGGAGUCGCAGGGGAGAUUGGUCCUUAAUGAAUGUCUAUACACGAAGCCGUGUAGGCAGGUGGUGACAGAUGAUAAGGCUCGGGCGUUUGUGGCUGAGGUGUUUGAUGAGAAUAAUGAGAUCACACUGGAGGGCAACGCAGAUAAUCUGGCUGGCAUAAAGUCAAUCACGGCGAUACCUCAAUCGGAAUGGCACUUGGCCUACAUUACGCCCAAACCGUACACGCUGAGAAGGAAUGGCGAGACUUUCGUCAAUGGGUUUGACAAUGCGAAUACUAAGGAGGUGAAAAUAGAACCCCCCGACAACAGUACCACUCCCGCAUUCGUAGUAACCGGUUCGAAGCCCGUGACAGUCGAUAUUUCUGUUCCCACUCCUGGACCUUAUGAGUUUCUGUUGCACUACCAUCAGCCUGAUCAUCCAGAGAGCUCUAUCGACGUUACCAUUUCUUGCGGCAACGACAUCCACGCUGGAAGAGUGACUCUACCAUUCUGCGGCUCUUCUUCAGGAUGCAGGGAACUGCUUAAACUACCGAGCGAGAUUUUUGAUGUCACUGAUAACUGCUCAUUAACUUUUGAGGGUGCGGACAACAAAGGCGUGUCCCUCCAAAGCGUGCUGAUCAUCGAACCCCGCUACUUCACGGAGUCGGUGCUGGUGGAAGCCAACAUGAUGGACUACACCAGGGAAUUCAUCACCCAAUGCGCCAGCAACCAUUAUUACAUCGAACCUGAGGUCACAGGAUUCUGUCGCGACGCCGUAUUCUCAAUAACGGCGGAAUACAACAGCGGGACACUGUCAUGCGCGUGCGAUGUUGAAGGAUCUACGGACUUCGAGUGCGAAACGUUUGGCGGACAGUGCAAAUGUCGGGAGAACGUUGUUGGUCGCACCUGCGAAGCUUGUAAAACUGGCUAUUAUGGUUUCCCCAACUGCAGGCCUUGUCAUUGCUCUCAAGCUGCCAUUUGCGAUGACGACGGUCAAUGCAUCUGCCCUCGCAACGUGAUAGGCGAGAACUGCAACGAGUGCAAACCUCUGACGUUCAAUUUCGACGAAUACCGCGGAUGUGACGACUGCAACUGCAAUCCGCUUGGCGUGGUCGACGGGAAUCUGGAGUGUGACAAGCAGAGCGGGAACUGCCAAUGUAAAGAGAACGUGGUAGGCCGCGUGUGCGACCGAUGCGUGCCCGGACACUACGCGUUCCCCGACUGCGUUCAGUGUUCGUGUAAUACGGACGGCACCACUGACGACGUAUGCGACCAGGAUACGGCGCAGUGCUACUGCAAGAAAUACGUGCGAUCACAGGCAUGUGACGUCUGCCAAGAGGAAUACUUCAACUUGCAGGCCAGCAACCCUGACGGAUGCACCAAGUGCUACUGCUUCGGAAGGACAACUAGGUGUUCCAGCUCAUAUCUCACUUGGGUUAAGCUGGAAGGCAUGACCGGCUGGCACCUUGUGAACGUCGAAACCAACCGCACCAUAUCUAUCUACCCGCACACCGCACCGCCAAGUCAAGUAAAUGAUACCAUCAUAGGCGUGGAGCUGGCUAUUGACAAGGAUCACCAGAAACUGGUCUACUUUGCUGCACCUGAACACUUCAUCGGUAAACGGCUAACAUCCUACGGUGGUAACCUCACGUACUCCAUCUUCUAUGUAUCUCGAGAGACCGGGAAAGCUAUUCUCGCUGCUGACGUGAUUAUUGGCGGACCUAAUGGCUACAUUUACCACAACAGUAUUGAAACACCAGCACCACAAAACAACUGGAUCCACAGCGUGCCUCUAACAGAGGAGUCGUUCACAAACCUCGACAACACAGCUGUAACCAGAGACCAAUUCAUGAAUACCCUGGUUAAUGUCACUGCCAUAUACAUCCGGGCUACGUUUGAAGAUGAAUCCGUUACUACCAGGUUAAUCAACGUGACAUUAGACGUCGCAGUCCAACCCGACCCCUACUCCCCCAUAACCGAUCGCGCGUUUUCCGUGGAACAGUGCCAAUGCCCCCCGGGGUACAAGGGGACGUCGUGCGAGCAAUGUGCCUCAGGGCAUUAUAGGCUGAGUUCGGGGCCUCAUGCUGGGUACUGUGUGCCCUGUGAGUGCAAUGGGCAUUCGCAGGAGUGUGAUGUUAACACUGGAGUCUGCUUGGACUGUGUUGGCAACACGAUGGGUGACCACUGCGAGAUGUGUGUGCCCGGAUACUACGGAGACGCAACCCGUGAGGACUGCGAGAUAUGUGCAUGCCCCCUGCCGUAUCCUUCCAACAACUUCGCCCUGAGCUGUGAUCUGAGCGAAAACGCUGAGCUGAUCUCUUGCCAGUGCAAGCCCGGCUACGGCGGUCCUCGGUGCGAAUUCUGCGCCGCCGGUUAUUAUGGAGAACCUGAAGAGCUUAAUGAUUACUGUAAGCCCUGCAACUGUUCUGGUAAUAUCAACCCACUGGACCCGUCAUCCUGCGACAGCGUCACAGGGAACUGCUUAAAAUGCGUCAACAACACGGCGGGGGCGGCUUGUAACCUCUGCGCGCCUGGGUUCUACGGAGACGCUGUGUUCAGCAAGAACUGUACUGCCUGUAGCUGCGAUGAAUACGGGAUGGACCACUGCGACCACACGGCCGGCACUUGCGUGUGUAGACCCGGCGUUAUAGGCGAUCGUUGUGACGCGUGCGCACCGGAUCACUUCGGUCUGUCAAGUGGUCUGGGCUGCAUGCCGUGUCAGUGUGGACUGGCGAGUGAGAACAGCCAGUGUGACCUUGAGACCGGACAGUGCAAAUGCGCGAAGGGUGUAACUGGCAGGCAUUGUGAACACUGCGCAGCUGGUUACUGGAACUACACGAAAGACGGAUGCGACCAUUGCAACUGUAACAAGGGCUACUCGCUCGGCUUCAUGUGCAACGCUCAAUCGGGCCAGUGUGAGUGCCUGCCUGGAGUAAUUGGGGAGAAAUGUGACCGCUGCCCGGAAAGAUGGGUGCUGGUUCCCCAGGAGGGUUGUCAAGAAUGCGACCCUUGUACCGACGCUCUCGUCAUAUCAGUGGAGGAGAUGAGCGCGAGACUUGCGAACGAAACUCAGGAGUUUAAGGACAAAGCAGACUCAUUCUUUACCACGCAAAGGCUGAACUACAUCUCCAACCAAACCUCAUCGCUGCGUCCCCGUCUUGCCCAACUACGCAGCGUUGACGUCAACGCUGCGACUAACGCUGUUGACUCCAUCGAGAACGCUGGGCGAGGACUUCUGAGAUCCGCGGAAUUCGCAGCGACAGACAGCGAAAAGCAAAUUACACGCGCUGGCGUCUUGUCAUCCCACGCCGACAUCGUUCUGUCUUCUAUACGCGACAGCGCACGUGCGGCCGAGGCAACGGUGCAGCAUGUGGCUGACCUGGCGACGGGGCUGGAGCUGAGUCAGCAACCGAAGGUCGACAGUGCGCUGACGGAGGCCCAGCAGAUCAGGGACGAUGUUAAAGAAAAAGAUCUGGCACCCAAGAGGGUCCAAGCGCUCGACGCGCACACGAAUGCGACGCAACAACUCGAGAGAAUGAGCCUUUUCGUUCAACCCGUCAACCAGCAGGCUACGGACUUUGAAAAGCUGGUGACCGAGGCGCGGAAGCUCCGUGUUAAGAUGGAAGACAUGAUGGAGCACACCGCUACAGCCAACCAGCGGGCUGACGUGGCGGACAGGCUUAAAGUCAGCAACAAAAACUCCAAGUUUAGCGACAAGGUCGCCUCCGUCGGCAACCUCAACUCCGAAGCCAUGAAAGACCUCAUCGACGCCGGCGCAGACAUAGCCAACGCUACCAAACUGAACAACCUCGCCGCUGCCAUAGUCACUAACGCUUCUGCAGCUUUAGAAAGCCUUAACGAGGAAAACAACAAGUUAGAACAGGCAUUAAAGGAGCGUGGAGAGGAAAUUCCAAGUCUGUACCAUGCGUCGGACGCUGCUAGAAGUCAUGCUGAUGAUUUGAUGAGUCGGGCCAAGAACCUGCACGCUCUGGCAGAGCGGGAGAACGACACUCGCCGCCAGCACGCCUACAGUGCUGCCUCCGCUUACUCGAGUAUCGUUCAAGAGAUAGGAGCCGCGAGGAUGGCCGCCGACGAGGCGACGGAGGCUGAUUCUAAGACCAAUAAUAUUAACACAAACCUAAACGAAAAGGUCGGUCCCGCUCUAAACCGCUCAAGCUCUCUCCGCGGCCAAGCGAUACAAGCGCUCAGCAUCGUCAACGACGCCCUUUCUCCUAAUCAGACUAAAGCUGAACAAGCCCUUCAGCAAGUUAAGAAGACUAUUGAGGAGUGUGAUGACCGUAACAGCGCUAUAGUCCUCUCACUACCAGCCAUCACGAAAAGAUACCUCCAAGACGAGAUGGACAAAGCCGAAAAAGUCAACCAGACAGUCAAAAGCACUCUCAAGCAGAUGUCGGAUCUUGGGAACGAUCUGAACGCCAGUAAGCAGUCAGCUCAGACGCUGCCGAAAAAAGCUGAUGAGGCCGUGAAGAUGAAGGAUAAUGUUGAGACGUUGGUGAACAACAUUGACGGAUUGAAGCCUAAGUUGCAGCAGAAAUACGACGGGGUCAGAAUGCAGCAGGAAGACUUCGAGAGACGUAAGGCUGAAGCCGCCAAAAAGCUUAGCAAGAUUAAGGAGCAAAUCGAGCAAGCACGAACCGUUGCCAACCGCGUCCAAGUCGGCGUCAAUUUCGACCGCUUCGCGACGCUCCAACCACGCAUCCCUGAUACCAUCGAUGAGAUGUCCACCUCUACCCAUGUAUCUGCCUACUUCAAGACCAGGUCUCCUGAUGGCUUCCUCUUCUAUCUUGGAAACCCUGAAGGCACCAGCCUUAGGAGGACUAAAUCGGACGACUUCAUGGCAGUCAGCAUACAAAAUGGCUACCCCUACCUGGUUAUUGACAUCGGAGACAGCGCAGAAUCCGGCCGUGAGCCAAUGAGGAUCAACAGCGACAAGAGAGUUGACGACGACAAGUGGUACCAGGUCAUUGUUGACAGGGUCGGAGGCAACGUGAAGUUCACGAUCCGCGAAGCUCUAGACGACGGAACGGAACAGAGUCAUUCCAAAGAGGUCGUGCUUCCAGGACAACACACCAUUUUCAACCUGGACCGCCAGAAAUCCAAACUAUACGUGGGCGGGGUUCCAUCCAAUUCCAAGCUUCAAGGAGUCAGUUAUCCGGCGUUUGAGGGUCAGAUCGAGGAGCUUAUGCUGGGAGACACGCCCGUUGGUCUGUGGAACUUUGAGGCGGCAGAGAAACUGAAGGGGGCCAGGCAGAGAGACAAGCUGAUAACUUCCCAAUCCGGCCCUCAAGAGUACCGCUUCAAUGGCCGCGCUCACGUCACCUUGCCCGUCCAAUCACACGACCCGCAGAAGAACCACGUACUCCUAUUCUUCAGGACAUAUGCCAGAAACGGUCUUAUCUUUCUGGCUGGAGAUGAUAAGAACUUCUUCUCGAUUCAAAUGCAAGAUGGAAAAGUGUACUUACAAGUCUCCCUCGGCAAUCCAGAAGAGCUGGUAAUAGUCGGAACAAGCAAAGAAUACAACGACGGCAAAUGGCAUAAACUGGACGCCAGGCGGCAUCUUAAGAGCUGCUGGCUCAGCGUCGACAACGAGAGCAGCCAGAUGGUGUCUCCGUCUACACAGAGUGAAAUCUACGCGGUAGACAGCAUGAACUUCGGCGGGAAUAACAAGGGCAUAAUUCAGAUCACUGACCAAGGCUUCGACGGGUGCAUGAGGCAGAUCAACGUGAACGAAGCCAGCGUGGACCUUAGCAAGAACAGUGUGGAGUCUAUCGGCGUUGGAGACGGGUGCAAGUUCGCAUCCCUAGUAUCCCUAUCAGGCGGCGACAGCACCCUCCGCUACAUGAACAUCUCAACAGAGAACCUGCAGUUGACCCUGAAGUUCAAGACGGACCAGCCUGAUGGCCUGAUAUUCGUCUACAUAAGUAGAACACAGACACCGAUUAUGCAGGACAGUUUGACGCUGUCUCUGACGAAUGGAAAACUAGUCCUAAUGAGUCCUCGAGACACACUGGACACGUCGCAGACAUACAACGACUCUCAGUGGCACGUGGUUACUGUGAGUCACGGCGCCGCGCUCAGGAUGAGAGUCGACGACUAUGAUCACUACAGUUCCGACUCAGCACCAGAGCCACUCAACAUCCUAGAUGGUGUUCUCCUCCUCGGCGGUACGCACAACUACGUGGCCACCUACAAGGCGGCAACCAAGACCGCCUUCCGUGGUUGCAUCGCGGACGCCACUAUCAACGGACGAGUGUUGAAUCUGCUCGAGCCUGCGAGUAAAAGAGGGGCUACGUUUGGACGGUGUGGGGACACUAUCAGUGGUUUCACGUCGUCAGAAACGACGUGGGAGGAACACAGAGUGGAACCGACCAACCACGUGCUACCGACGGUACCGCCUCCCGCACCGGACAAUCCGUUCCAGGGUGAAGUGGAGACACAGCCACCACCAGCCCGGGUGGAACCAGUCACUCGACCGCCUGUCACCCAAGCGCCGGCGCCGUCAACCUUGCGGCCGACGACGCCGCGGCCGGCACCGCAACCACAACCAGGUUGCGCGUUGGCUCACGACAGACACUAUACUAUUGGUGAUCCCACUGAGGGGUACAGGUUUGGUACUCGCGAAGACAGCCGCAUUGAGUACGCCAAGCUGCCUGGCCGGCAGUCUGAUGAGCUGGAUCUGAUGGUGACUCUGAGGACCUUCGACAAGCAUGGCGGUAUCAUCUUCUACGCUACCGCCGAAAGAGCUCCGGAGCAGUUCUUGGCUAUUUACAUGAAAGAUGCUCAAAUCCACUUCACCUUCAACUGCGGCGGUGACACCGCCAUCAUCGUAUCUCCAGAGACCUACAGCGGCACGGACUGGCACACGGUCACGGUCAGCCGAACCAGCGGUCAUGGAAAACUGACCGUCGACAAUCAGAUGGUUGGGGAAGCAAGUGUUAGUUGCAGCAAUCCGGUGCCUUUGACCGCUCCGUACUAUUACGGAGGUUUGAAGAGCGCUGAGAUUGCGAAGGCGCAUCUUGAAGACUUCUACCAACCCUUCAAGGGCUGCCUCAAGGGCCUCAUCAUGAACGGGCAGUACGUCACCGACGUGCUGCGUAGAGUCAACGCCCUGCGCUGCACGGAUAAUAUAGAAGAUGGUGUGUACUUCGGACCUUCAACGAAUACCACUAGUAACUACUUGAAGCUCCAAGAAUCCAACUUCCGCGUCGGCAUCAGCCUCUCCGUCUCCAUGGAGAUCAAGCCCCGCAACACCACCGGCCUGCUGCUGGCCGUCCACGGGAAGAAGGACUACCUGGUGCUGGAGCUGCUGGAGCACGAGGUGGUGGUGAACGUGGAGAACGGGAAGGGCGAGUUCCAUGCGAGUUACAAGCUCGCCGAGCCCACCUCGUUGUGCGAUGGCAACUGGCACAAGAUACAAGUGGCCAAAGCCCGUCACGUGGUCUCCGUAGGCGUCGACAACCAUUUCGGCGACGCCGGCCUCGGCACCGGCCCCUCCACCGACACCCGCUCGGCCCUCUACAUAGGAGGCCACGAGAAGGCCGUCGCGAGAGUCCGCGGAGUGAGAUCUAAGCGUGGUUUCACUGGAUGCAUAAGGAAUAUACAGAUAAGGGAACAGCCCAUAUCUAUACCGUUAUCGGCGGCGCAUAGGGACACGCAUAUCGGGGCUUGUCCCGUUGAUUAGACCUUUACACGAUCGAAGUAAGAAUUGAUUCAAAUCUAUAAUACAAUAUUUUCUAAUAAUGUCUCCAAUUACUAAUAAUAAUAAACUCUUUCCACUUUUCUAUAAUAGCUCCCAAUGCCUGCUGAAACCGGUUUACGGGUAUCUAUUUAUGUACCCGUAAAUGGGUUCCAGCAGGCGUUCUACAUGACAUCAAAACUCUCCAAACGGCCUCUACGUGUUGGAUCUAUAUCCCCACGCACGCCUUAUAAAUGACCGGGCCUGAAAACCCGAGUUUGUAACGGAGAUACAAAUAAUAAUAAUAAUAAUAAUAAAAUGUUUUAUUGCAGGCAUAAAAAAAAACCAUACACUUCUUAAUAAUUAACUACUAAUAAUAUCUUACAGAAAUCUACAUGACUCUAACAUUAAUAAGUUUAACCUGGACGCCAAUGACGGAUAUAUCGGCACCGCAGGUCCAAUGUCAAACGGAUUAACCGGUCAAAGACCACAGAGCAACAUAGACCUACGUGCAUGUGCAUAAAGAUCAAUUUCAAUUUUGAUACUUCGGUUACGUUGCGUCCGAGUGACAGCUGUUGAGUUUGACACGGCGUCGAAAAGGUUAAUCAAAUCAGACUAUA